AUGUUUGACGAACUGCCGAUCCUUACCGUUACCUGCAGUCAACCCCUUUUUAGAAGUUAUUCGACUCCCGAGGGCGCCUUUGCGAAAAAGUCUUUUAUCCAUCUUCCAGCGACCUUAUUUAUCAGCUGGAAGGUUUAUUCUGCGUCAUUAAGGUUGUUAAGCUCCCGAGGUGCAAAAAGUCUUUUGCCUCAGGAGCUUCCAUCUCCUAAGUCUCCUACCGGAGUGGUUCAGUUUGACGCGUUGCGAUACUUACCUGAAGUUAGCAAUCCGAACUUCACAAACAGGUUCGGUGCUCGCGAUGAUGACGACUUGUCUGAUUUAGGAGAGGUCCAUUUCAGUGAUGACG